GAAAAACUACAAUCUGACGUAACGUCCGGUGAUUCCGUACAUCUGAUUAGUCCUGUCAUGAGUAACAGGAACCGGUAGCAGUAGGAUAUACUUCCUUAUUGGGUUUAAAGUGCCAGGUGUAAUAUACUUCCGGUGUCACCAAAUGCAUGGCUGCUCACAUGCCUGAACACAGCAUGGAAAUUCUUGGGACAGAAAUUGCAUGCACAUCUAAAGAACCUAAUCAGACCAGUGCCCCAGUGGAAGAAAAUACUGCUACAGAUAAGGAAUUGAAAGAAGAUAUUGAAGUGCAAGAAGAUACCUCUGAUAAUGCUGGCAUUUAUAGAUAUAUAAAGGAUGAUCUCUUUACAUCCGAGAUAUUCAAAGUUGAAAUACAAAACUUGCCCAAGUAUAUAGGAUUUAAUGACGUCAAGAAAUUUCUUGCAAAAUAUGGACUUAAUCCUCAUAAGAUAAAACUUAUGAAAAAGCAGACAUUUGCAUUUGUGACUUUUAAAAGUGAAGAGGAGAGGGACAAGGCUAUGAAAGUGAUACAUGGAGUUUUGUGGAAAAAUCGUACUUUAAGUGUUAGGCUUGCAAAGCCAAAAGCUGACCCCAUUAUGAAAAAAAGGAAAUUAGAUGAUGGUGAACAGCCAGAAAACAAGCGCCAGACUUUAAAGGAGGAAACUGAAGAAGAGCCACUCAGUAAGCAGAUUGCCGAUGUGGUGACACCUUUGUGGAAGGUUCCAUAUGAGGAGCAACUAAAAAUGAAGGAACAAGAGUGUGAGCAUGUGCUUCAACGACUAACAAAGGAAAUAGGAAACACUAACUCUGCUCUGUUACCGUGGCUGUUUGUGCAGAAGCAGAAAUAUAACAAAAUAUGUUGUCCACUAGAGGGUGUAAAACCAUCCCCAUCACAGACUGGAUACCGCAACAAAUGUGAAUUCCUUAUCGGUGUUGGUGCCAAUCAGGAAGAUAAGACUGUAGGAUGUAGGCUUGGAAAGUAUAAGGGUGGCACAUGUGCAGUUGUGGAGCCAUUUGACACUAUCCAUAUUCCCCCAAUAACCAAGACUGUUGUAAAGGCUUUCCAGGAAUAUAUCCGGGCAUCUCCAUAUGCGGUUUACAGUCCUGAAUCAUAUGAAGGCCACUGGAAGCAGCUGACUGUCCGUAGCACCAGAAAGGGACAGGUUAUGGCUAUUGUGUAUUUUAAUCCUCAGAAACUGAACAAGGAUGCCCUAGCAGAAAUAAAAGCGUCUCUUGCUAGCUAUUUUACUGAUGGACCAGGGAAAGACAGUGGCAUAACCUCUCUUUAUUUUGUUGAAGAAGGUCAAAGGAAGUCUCCGAAUCUAGAAGAUUUACCUGUGGAGCAUGUGGCAGGAGACAAAUAUAUCCAUGAAGAACUUUUGAGCCUUAAUUUUCGCAUUUCCCCUCACGCUUUCUUCCAGGUAAAUACACUUGCAGCAGAGGUUCUGUAUUCAACCAUUGCAGACUGGGCUCAGCUGGACCAGAGCAGCACAGUGUUGGAUGUCUGCUGUGGAACAGGAACCAUUGGUAUUUCAUUGGCUAAGAAAGUGAAGAAAGUUGUUGGAAUUGAGUUGUGCCAAGAGGCCAUCGCAGAUGCCAAAUUUAAUGCAGAGAUUAAUAAUCUCAGCAAUGUUGAAUUUCGAUGUGGAAAAGCAGAAGACAUCUUUCCUUCUUUAAUUAACUCUUUCAUAACACAGAACCCUGUGGCUAUAGUUGAUCCACCUAGGGCUGGUCUACAUUCUAAGGUAAUUAUCGCCAUUAGAAGAGCUGAACAUCUGAAGAGGCUGAUCUAUGUAUCUUGCAAUCCCAGAGCUGCAAUGAACAAUUUUAUUGAUUUGUGCCGUGCUCCUUCCAACCGUGUAAAAGGGCGAGCUUUUAGGCCGGUACGUGCAGUGGCCGUGGAUCUGUUUCCUCAAACCCCACAUUGUGAGCUCCUUGUCCUUUUUGAGAGGAUAGAAUAUUCAGAAGCCACAAGCAAGAAUUCCACUGUCUCUGAGGCCACUAGUGAACCCACAGAAACACCUGAGACCCAGUUAGAACAAGAGGGAGCUGUACUGUAGAAAGUCAAACACUUGCACAUAGCUAUAGCAGUCCAUUUGUCUUUUAGACUGGAAAGGCCAAGUGACUGAAGAGACUUGUGUAUUUUUUUUCUUUCCAUUGUUGUAUAAGAUGGAGGGAAAACUUGUAAUUGACUGUUAAGCAAUGUAACAAUAAGACUAAAGCAUUUUUGUGCUUAUUUCUAAAUCUUCACAAUUAUUUUACCUACAAUACAGAGACUGCUUGCAAUAAACAUUUUAUUUUAAAAUUGUAUUUGACUUAACCUUGGGUUUUAAUGAAAACUUAUACUGUUUUUCUUGGGUUACUGUAACUAAAAUUUACCUUGGUCUUACAAUUUUUCAUAUUAUUAGAGGCAAAAAUAAAAUAAAUGAUGAAAUACAAAUUUAUCACAAGCACAAAAGGUUUGUAAAUAUUCUAUGUGGUUUUGUUAGGCAACUUGUUUACUACAUAAACAUUUGCACCAUUCCCCAGCAUGUGCCAAGAAAAACAAUGAUACUUUUUCUUUAUUUCUCAUUUUAUGGUUAUUUUGCUAAAUCCACAUUAAAAAAAAAACUCCCAGAAGAA